ACAGAGAAGUGAAAUGACUAGAUUAGGUAUGGUAUCACCCUCUUUUCCUUUCAUUUUGAGCGAAUCUACAUUCGUCAACCGCUACCCCAAAAAAAUUAUAAAAUUAUAUAUGGAACAAUUUUAUUUUAUUUUACCUUUCUUACUUUCUGUUUGGACGAGGAGUUUUAUUAGGCUCUCUCGCCGUCGCAAUUUUCCGAACCUAAUUCUGAUCAGGGUUUGAAUAAUAUUUAAUCCGUGGCUCUGUUUGGUUUUCCGAAGCAGAAUCAGUCGAAAAAGGGAGGAAACUUUUUAUGAGGGAAAGCUGUUCCUUUUCCUCAAAAUAUCCUGAAAACCAAAAUGGACCGUGAAGUUGGUCAUAAUCCAAAGCAGGAACGUUCAAGGACAAGGUGGACUGCAUCCCUUGAUAAGAUAUUUGCAGACUUGGUUGUGAGGCAGAUUCAACUGGGGAACAGACCAAACAAUGUUUUUGACAAGAAAACGUGGAAUAUCAUUCGUGAGGAUUUUAAUGAGCAAACAGACCUCAAUUUCAAUAACAAUCAAUUGAGGAAGCACCUGGAUGUUCUGCGGACACGCUUCUAUAAUCUGAAGUCAGUUUUAUAUCAAAAUAAUGACUUUGCUUUGGACGAUUCUUGUUGCAUUGGUUUUGAUCUGUGGGAAAACAUCGGGGCACAGACUAGGCCUGAAAUGAUCAGAGUCAAGGACUGUCCCAUAUAUGAGCAGCUAUGUGCAAUCUUCACAGAUUCAGCAGCUGAAGGGAAAUAUGCACAAUCCAGUCACUAUGAAGAGUUGGAAAAGUCUGCUGGAAUGGAUUCUGCGGGACUUAUUUCAUGUCAAGAUGGUGGAAUCCCAUGUUCUAUGAAUCCAUCGUCAUCAUUAAUACGUGUGCAAGGAAACAUGUCUUCGGCAGAAAAGGUAAUCAAGAAUAUUGCACAGAGAAAAAGGAAAGGUCCAUCUGAGGCACAUUCUCCUUUGGGUCAAGAGAUCUAUGAUACUAUGGCAGAAGCCUUGUCAGAAAUGGUUGCUUCUUUGAAGUCAAGGGCAGUUGCAAAUACAUCCAGUGACGAUCGAUUUAGUAUAACUAAUUGCAUUAGGGCACUGGAUGAGAUACAGGACAUUGAGGAGCGGCUCUAUUUUGCUGCGUUGGACCUCUUUGAGGACCCCAGUUUAAGGGAGACAUUCAUAUCUCUGAAAGGUGAAAAGAUCCGGCUGGCAUGGUUGCAGGGCAAGCGUGGUAAAGCAACAGUUAGUUUGCAUGACUUUUGGCUAAGUGGGGAAAUGUAAAUGUCGCCUUCACUAAUAUGGUAUAUACUCUAGCGAACUAGGUUGUUCAUAUAAUUUCUUCCAUUUUUUGGGUUGAAAUAGUUCUUUUUUUAAUACUAUUCUCACAUUUUCU